AUGGGGGCGACCCGGUCUGCGGCCGAGGCGCUGCAAAGUGCAGUGGCCACGCCCAUCGCGCAGCUCAGCCCUGAUCUUCAAGACGCCGAAUCGCGCGCCGUCGACGGCGUCGUCACCAUCACAUGGCCCUACAGCGUGGUAACCAAGUCUAUUGCCUUCAUCAUCGCCGAGCAAGACCCCUUGCGCCGGCGCGACAAGGGCCAGUUGCGCGUCGAAUGCCACGGACCUGCGAGCAAAGCCCUUGCCGACUCGGGAAUUGGCGGUGGCGACGCUAUACUGCUCAGCUUGGUUGGUGCCGAAUGGGAUGUCGCACAUGCCAAGACGAGUCUGCCAGCGGGCUCUCACGACUGGCAGCUCAAGUUCACCAAGCGUAUCCUGUUGCGCGCGCGCAAGACCGAGUCGCAAGAGACAGUCGAGAUCGAUAUUGAUGCGCCGGACGCAGUGGAAUCCGAACCACAACCAAAUGAUGGCCCACCGCGCGAGACUACACCACCUCCGCCUGAGCCUCAACCGCAUGACCUAGUCGCGACGCCAAUCCCCCGACCAGCGACCGUCCCUGCCAAGCGACUGGCCUCCUCUAUGCUCGGUCCGGAUGAGUUCACUUCUCCGGCUUUCCUCAAACGUGCGAGAGUAUCUUACGGGUCACUCUUCGAAGACGGCUUCGACGUGUUCGCAGAGGACAAGGCCAACAAAUCAAAGGCCAAGCGCAAGUCUCGGUUCAGCAUGGGCCAUACUGCUUGGAAAUACAGUAGCCGGUCGCCGAGCCCAGAGCCAGGAUCAGACCGAGACGGCGCGGCUCCAGAAUACCAGGACGGUGGCGAUUUGCCGGGUGAAGACUACGACCUGAGGAACUACGAUCGGGCAAAAGAUGACGAUGAGUCGGUGUCUGAGUCUGAAGAGGCUUCAGAGUCUGAUCAAGACGAUCCGGACAAGGCGGCGAUCGACUUUAGCGAGGAGGAUGAGGAAGACGAGGAGGAAGAAGAGGCUGAAGAAGAUGAGGAAGAGGAAGAAGAAAUUCCCGACCAACAUCCAAGCGCAGCUGAGAGAGCAUCAUGGGGCCAUGGCCGUCAGCCAGUUGCCACAACAGUGUCAGGGGACGAGGCGGACGAAGACCUCGACGAGGAAUCCGACAGCGACGCCGGGCAGGAGCACAACGCGGGGGGCGAGUACGAAGGUGAAUAUGAAGGGGAAUACUAUGACGACGAAGAGGACGACGAGGACGAGGCUGAGUCGUACUAUGAUGAAGAAGAGGAGGCUCCGCCGCCUCGUGCACCCGCCGCUCCGGCAGAACCAGUCUUCAUCAGUCUACUCUCUGAUUCAGAAGAUGAGGAUGAGGCACCGCCGAGAAUCCCUGCACCGAGCGUUCCUCCUGGGCCACCACCAACGAAACAAGACGAGCGCGCUACGAAAGAGUCCUCCAUGCCGCUGGCGGGCGACAGUGGCCGUGGAGCAUCUACGGAGGAGGAACGCAGUUUCAAUGCUCAACCGAGCUCCGAGCAUGAAUACGUGAGCGACAAAGAUGCAGGCGAGGACGAUGAUAACGCGGACGAAGGUGACGAAGACGUGGACGAAGCUGUUGAAAGCAUCGACGAGGACGAUGAAAGUGUCGACGAAGCUGACAACGACUUCGCAACCCAGCCGUCAGGACGAGUGUCAUCUGUUGACGACAGAAGAGAUGCAGGGUUCUUCAAGGACGCUCAUAUUAAAGAGUCACAGCAAACGCUUGUUGGUUCACAACUGGAUGGCGCACACGAAGACGUGCCCUUGGCCGUGGCCAUGGGAGGCACCUUUUCCGCUAUCGUUGAUUCAAAGGCCGAGUCACAACCCGAACCACAGCCAGCAGAUGUUAUGGAGGUCGACGACGUUGCUGAAGUUGCGGAAGAAAUCCAGCCAGUCGCAGCCCUGGAGUUGGACCACACCCAGACCUCUGGCGGCAGACGGGUGAGCGAAGACAUUGAGGCCAUUCAGGCAAACCCCAUGGACGACAAGGAGCCCGCAGACGCCACAGCGACAGAGUCUGGCUACGUGGCGACAGUACCACGGCAUGAGGAUAUGCGGGACGCACCUCAGGGCGAGCCUACCGAAGCCCAGACCGAGAGGGUGACACAAGAAACAGCUGUAGAUGCAGCUGCAGAGGAGGCGGGGGAGCCUUUGGCACCGAGCCACAAAGACGGUGCGCAGGCACUUGCUAGCGAGGUGCCGGCAAACGAAGUCACUACAACUGAGAAGGCAUCUGAGCAGCUCCCAAGUCCGAGUGUGGUCCAGCAAGCAGAGGCACAACACGCAGAGGUACAGCACGCAGAGGCACAGCACGCAGAGGCACAGCACGCAGAGGCACAGCACGCAGAGGCACGGCACGCAGAUGAGCCAAAGCCGAAGCCGGAGCUGGAGAACCAACCCCACGACGAGGACGACGUGACUGCCGAGGCGCAGAUCAUGAACGAAUACUACAGCUCUCAGUCUUCCAGUCGAGUCGACUACGACAAAGUUGGCACCCAUGGUGCCAGCCAGAUCCACGACGAUGAGCCACUCAUCACGGUCAGGUCUCUUCGGAGUCACUCGCAUCGCAAGACAUUGUCAGCGGACACGACAAGCGAGGUGCACGACGAUCCCAGUCUCCGCCUAGCGACAGCUCGGUCCGGACGGUCGCAAUCGCCAGCAGAAGAGGCGCUCACCCAGUUAUCGACAACAGAAGCGCAUCUCAGCCGCGAAGAGGCGGAGCAGUCGGGCAGGGAGGUUGAGGCGGAGACCGUCCCGCAAGGCAAGAAACAGAAAGAGACCAAGACUCUAGCUGCGAGGCGCGCAGCACGCAACAAGGGCGACCAGCCGAUGACGCAGGGCACCGUUGACGCUUUGGCGCCCGGUGAAGACAAGAAGCUCCCGUCACACCUCACCCUGCGCGCAUCACGCAGCAAAAGCGCUCGGUCCGACCCUAGUCUGCAGCUAUCCAAAGCCUUGGCCGACGAUAACGCUCGCCACGCUGAGGCUGAUCGCUCGCCUGCCACACGCUCGGCUCGUGGCGUGGGCGAGCAAACAGAGCCGGAUGUGCAGCCGGCAAAGGCGUCGCCAUCGUCCAUCCGGAGCGCCCGGAGGCACGACACGCCGGAGACGACGAGGGAGCUACGCAGCAGGUCCCACGGCGAAGGUCGGGGCGUCACCCCCGAGACCGUCUCACAAGCCGCCAUUCAGUCGCCAUCUGUCGCCGAAUCGGUAGUGACUGAAACCGAGGAUGUAUCGGCGCUGAAGAAGGAACUUUCAAAGAUGCUUCGUACGGGCCUGCCAGACGCAUUGCCGCUCCGGUCCCUGCGCACGUCUCUGAACAAGACGGUGGACAUCAUGGCGGUCUCUACGACGGCUCCACCGCAGCCUCAUCGACCCAAGCACGGGCCUCGCGACUACAUGCUGGAGCUCAUCGUGACGGACCCGUCGACGGCACCGACGAGCGUCAGCGUGGCGCACGUGUUUCGACCGCAUCUCGAGUACCUGCCGGUGGUGCACGCGGGCGACGUGGUGCUCCUGCGGCGCAUGCAGGUCGUGUCGGUUAAGGGCCGUGGGUUCGGGGUUCGGGUGGGAGAUGCCUCGGCUUGGGCGGUGUUCGAGAAGGGCGACGAGGAGCUGCUGCCGCAGAUCAAGGGACCCCCCGUCGAGGUGACGGACGGCGAGGUCGAGUACGCAAAGGGCCUGCGGCGCUGGUGGGCGACGCUGGACGAGAAGACGCAGGCCAAGAUUAGCAGGGCGACUCAAAAGGCAUCGCAGCCUUGA